AUGGUCAACCAACCUCCGUCACAAAUAGACCAGCAGCAAGCGCAGGAUGCGACCGACAUCACCGGCCAAGAGCUGGUCGAGAACGACGUUCCCCUGCCUGCUUACGGCGAGACAUAUGGCGAGAUCCGCGACGAAAAGAACAGCGCCUCUCUCACCCACGUCCAGGAUGUCCAGGAUAGUGUGCCGCUCCCUCCGUACGUUCCCCCUUCCCUAGGAGGAGGCGGCGAGGACGGAGCUCGUCCACCUCCGCCCUUGAACGUCGUCAUCCAGGCCGUGGGCUCUCGCGGAGAUGUACAGCCUUUCGUUGCCCUGGGAAAAGUCUUGAGAGACACUUACGGCCAUCGCGUACGUCUCGCGACUCAUCCCGCCUUCAAGGACUUUGUUCGGGAGCAUGGGCUGGAAUUCUUCAGCAUUGGCGGCGACCCUGCCCGCCUAAUGGCCUUCAUGGUCAAGAAUCCCGGCCUGAGGCCGGGAUUUCGCAGUGUAGUUAGCGGAGAGAUCGGCCAGCGAAGAAACGAUGUUGCCGAGUAUAUCCAAGGCUGCUGGCGAUCAUGUUACAAAGCCGGCGAUGGCCUUUCCGAGCCCUCUGGCAACGACAUUGGCUGUUCGCCUACAGCAAAGCCCUUUGUUGCCGACUGCAUCAUUGCCAAUCCUCCAAGUUUUGCACAUAUCCACUGUGCCGAGAAGCUCGGCAUCCCGCUUCAUAUCAUGUUCACCAUGCCAUAUUCCCCUACUCAGGCAUUCCCUCAUCCACUGGUUAACAUUCAGUCCUCAAAUGCAGACCCUCACCUUACCAAUUACAUCAGCUACGGCAUGAUCGAACUUCUCUCAUGGCAGGUCCUAGGUGACAUUAUCAACCGGCUUCGCACAAAGUGUCUUGGUUUGGACCCUCUCAGAUUCGGGAGCAUCGUGUUGGAGGAUCCCAAUGCGAUGACGGAACUUGUUUUCAGUGCCGUGAGAAAGGCUGGUCAGCGUGUCCUUCUUUCUAAAGGCUGGGGAGGUAUAGGCACAGGCGAGCUUCAGGUCCCCGAGGGCGUUUUUAUGUUAGACAACGUACCGCAUGACUGGCUUUUUAAUCACGUCUCGUGCGUCGUCCACCAUGGUGGCGCAGGAACUACGGCGGCAGGCAUUGCCGCAGGCCGGCCCACUGUAAUCAUUCCAUUCUUUGGAGACCAGCCUUUCUGGGGCGCCAUGGUCGCGCGAGCAGGCGCAGGCCCAGAUCCGAUCCCCCACAAACAACUCACCGCGGACAAGCUGGCCGAUGCUAUCAACUUCUGCCUGGAGUCCAAAUGCAUGGACCGCGCCAAAGAACUUGCAAGCAAGAUCGCGGCGGAGCGAGGCAACGGCAUGGCGGCUCAGUCGAUCCACCAAUUCCUCGAGCCUGAGCGACUCCGUUGCAUUCUUGCACCAUCUCGAACCGCUGUGUGGCGCGUGAAACGCACCAAGAUCAGGCUAAGCGCUUUUGCCGCCUGUACUUUGGUGAAUGCAAAACUUCUAGACUUCAAUGACUUGAAGCUCUUUAGAGCACAGGAAUACUACGUCGACGAAGGUCCCUGGGAUCCCAUAUCUGGAGGCUUCACGGCAUUUCUGGGGGCAGUCGGCGGCAUGAUGAUGGGUCUGGCCGAUGUUCCUUCGGAGGCAUGGAAAGCUUUGCAAAUUCCAGCUGGACACGUCCGACAGCAGUCGAGUAAAAGCGAGGUCUCUCUUGCUUCCAACCUCUCCGGCCGGUCAACUCCCUCUUCGAACGCCGGAUCAAUCUCUAUGCCCGAUUCAUUACAAGACGAGGCUAGCCCAAGUCGAUUCCGCAGUCGAGAGGAAUCUAGCUCCGGUAAAGACCCUGACAUGCUGCGCCGCCAGGCUGGCGUGCAUAUGAGCAAAGGCGCCGGGAGUUUCCUAAAGGCGGUGGUCCAGGUACCUGUGGACCUUUCAGUGAAUUUCACAAGAGGGUUUCAUAUUAUCCCGAAGCUUUGGGGAGAUGAUAGUGUGCGCCCUCAAGAAAGGGUCAUCGAUUUCAAGUCAGGCGUCAGGGCAGUAGGGAGAGAGUUUGGCUUUGGCUGGUACGAUGGCGUUACUGGACUGGUUACCCAGCCAUGGAAAGGCGCCCAGAAAGAGGGUGCCAGCGGCCUUGUGAAGGGGGCUGGUAGAGGGAUAGGAGGAUUUAUAGCCAAGCCCGGAGCAGCCGUCUUUGGUAUCCUCGGCCAUACGAUGCAGGGUGCAAGCAAAGAGGUACAAAAAUUGUUUGGCAGCAAUGUGCAGAAUCGCAUCGUCUCGUCCAGGGUAGCUCAAGGGUACGAGGAGUGGCUGCAGAGCUCCGAUACAGAAAAGCAAGAAGUCAUCGAUCGGUGGAAACGCCUGAGGGAAGCGGGCAACUCUGAUGAGAUGGCGCGAGAAGCCCAGGAAGCACAGCAAACGAUUAGCAGAGAAAACCGACAAGACGGCGGACAACCUGCGAGAUUCGUCCAGCCCUCCAGCAAUGCAGAAGAUCUCGAAAGCACCACGCUCGCCGUUGGUGGUUCACAGUCUGCUUCGCGCGCUGCCAACACGGCCGCCGCCGGAGAAUUGUUGGUCGACGGUCAGCAAGAUGCGAGCGACGGUGAAUUGGAUUCAGAUCUCAGUCUGGUUACCGAGGACGAAGAGGAACUCGAGCAGGAAAGAGACCAGUCCGAAAGAGCGUCUGAGAAGGCAGUAGUCAUUGCUGGCGGGUCACUUCGUCGGACUCCUCGCGGGUACCACGCAAAGUGA